AUGAGUGAUGAGACGUUUGAAUUAAAUGAAAUAGAAAUUCCGAAAGAAGAGGAAAUAGAUAGAGAUAUAAGUAUAGAUGAAAUAAUGAAAGCCAUGAAAAGUAUGAAAGCAGGUAAGGCAGCCGGUUAUGAUAGAGUAUCUCUCGAAAUGCUAAGGGCUGGAGAAGGAGUGGUGGCAGACCUGAUGUACACCUUGUUUAAUUUAUGUUGGGAACUUAAGCGGAUCUUUCCAGAUCCUUGGAAACUGGCCAAAAUUAAACCUAUUCCUAAGAGUCCAAAUGUACAGGAAAUUAAUAACCUUAGACCAAUCAGCAUUUUACCUACACUUUCCAAGAUAUUGGAGAGGGUAGUAUGUUCACAGCUAACGAGAUAUCUAGAAGAUAAUCAUAUUUUACCAGAAACACAAUCCGGGUUUCGUCGAGGGUAUGGUACGGAAACAGCUCUGCUGCACGUCACGGAUGAUAUAACUACAGCUUCUGAUAAAGGUAAGGGUAGUAUAUUGGUGCUAUUGGAUUUUACUAGAGCUUUCGCCUGCAUAAACCAUGAUAUACUUCUGGCAAAACUGUCAUACUACGGAGUAUCGGAGGCAACAUGUAAAUGGUUUUACUCAUUUUUAUCAAAUAGAAGUCAAUAUGUUGAAAUUAACACUGACCAAGGGGAAGUAAUGCAAUCAAGUAUAAGAAGAACGUCCAGAGGCACUCCGCAAGGAUCUAUCUUAAGUCCUAUUCUAUUCAUACUGUUUACAGCGGAUAUUAGCAAAGUAUUAAAACAUUCUAAAAUACAUCUGUAUGCCGACGAUACUCAAAUUUAUCAUUCGUUCAAGCCAGAACAGACGGAAAAUGUAGUCAUGAAGUUAAAUGAAGAUUUGUCGGCAAUCCUCCAAUGGGCAAAAAAAAUGGUCUAA